AGAACGAGAAAGUGCAAAGGAAAUUAUGCAGCCUGCCAACUGGAUGACAACUCUCGCGCUGCUGCUGGCCUGCGCCGGUGGCUGGCUGGUGGGCCAGGCCACGGCCGAUGACGGGGAGGACGAGGAGAUGUCCAUGUCACUGGGUGAGGUGGUGGAGCUAAUCGAGCCCUUUGGCGAGAGCUGUGAACCCCAGCCGCAGCGAGAGCACAUUGUGGAGAUGAUCAAGAACGAGCCGGCGGCCAAGUACGAGACAAAAUGCUUCCGUCAUUGCAUGCUGGAGCAGUUCGAGCUGAUGCCCGAGGGCCAGCUAAAGUUCAGCGAGGAUAAGACCCUCGACAUGAUGAACAUGAUGUUCCCCAACAAGGACGAGGAGUCAGCGGGCAUCAUCAAGGCAUGCAAUGAUGAAGUCACCAGCACGGACAAAUGCGAGGUGGCCCACGACAUAUCCAUGUGCAUGCUGCGCGCGAUGCGAUCGAAAGGCUACAAGAUACCCGACAUCAAGGAGUAGUCCCGCAGCCCACCGUCCGUUUGGGGGAGCCUCUUCCCACACGUUCUCUUUUUUCCGGUUUUUUUUUUCGUUUAUUUAAUUUAAUUUAAUUGUUUAAACACACAACUUGAUGUGGUGUCCCAGACGACAAAUAAAGCGCACAGCCAAAGCCAA